CAAACACUGAUUUGUUAUGAACUAUCAUAAUUUGUAGCACCUCUGCAAAGUCUGGCAAUCCAGUAGUAGAACCAUGGCACACCACCAUUCCAGCAGCAUAGUUUGUCCCUGAACAGUUCACAGAGUUGGCAAUAUGUACUCUUGUGACACCUGGAAAUCUGCACUUCAAUGCGUCUUUAAUGUCAUCCUUCAGAACAUCCAAAGACACCUCUGUUGUUUUUGUAACCAAGAGUGAUGUUCUGACUGCAUUUGAUUCGUGGAGAUGGUUUGCAAUCAUGAGCUGAUGCUUGUUUGCAAGAGAAAGCAAGAUAUUCUUGAAACAUCCUGUGUGUCUGACAACUCUCUUGAAGAAGCUGUGUUUUGCUUCAAAUCUCAUGGUCCAAAGAGCAGAUACAGGACCAAAUUUCUCGGAUAAGCUGGGGAUAGUGCUCAAGAAAAUGGUGCUUGGGGAAGAGCUUCUGUUGAGGAAAAGCUUCAAGAAGUCUGCUGCGAUGUUCAGAUAUUAAACUGUCAAGAUAGCAAAUGCUUUCCUCUGUAUGACUUGGUGACAUAACAAGCUCCACAAUGCUUUUCAAAGUCAUUAGCAUCUGCCACGCAGGCUCAUCUUCAGGUACUUUCAAACCUAUCAUCAGAGGCAGCAGACGUAGCAGGCACCAAUUUUCAUGAGCAUUGCCUCCCACUGAUUUACGGUUUGAAAAGUUGCUGGGGACAAGAUGAGGGCGAUUUGUCUUAUCACUCCACUUGUAAGGGAACUGAUGGAUGACAGCAUUUAGUUUAAUGAGAGAAAAAUACUUCUUCUUGAUGAGGACAUUAAAAGACAAUGCCAAUUCCAAUGGAAUGAUGCCUUCAAAAAGGUCAUGUAAAACAUCUGGAGGGUACCCAGAUGUAACAUGAAAGUGCUCAAGCUCUUCAGACAGUGCACAUUGGUUUUUCACACCAUAGCACGGGGAAUAAUUCAGACUGGACAAAGCAAUCUGAACAUGUACUGCAUGUUGCUCCUCAGUUCUCUGUUGAAAAAAACCAGAUCUCACCUCUCUUGACUGAUACUCAGAUCGCUCAGCAAGACAAAAACGGCAAGCAUAACAACCAGAAAAGCUUUCAACAAAGCCUGCAACUGAGUGAGCUCCAAGAUUGUCUGCUACCACAUACAUAACAGUUCCUUUGACAACUUUUCCCAGACCUGCAAUAAAUAAGCCAUCUCUUUCUAAAGUCCUCAGAUCCGUAAGCAAUGGCUCUAACACUUUCUGGUAUCCAAAUGUCUUGGUGUCCACUGCCUUACACAAAACGGCUAAAUUAAUGGAUGUUAAUGCUGAUUGAGACUGUGCUGGAAUGUUUCCCAAGAUCCAAUACACAGCUGUGCCUUUGUGUUUUUUCCUUGAAGUUCCCAAAGGAUUGCAUACCUCAAAAUCACCAAUAUACAGGAUAAUACUAAGUCUGUCCUCUUCAGAGAAAAAAUCAUUCUUCUGGAAGUUGGAUCCAUCAUGAAAAGAUUGGUACUGUAAGGCUGUUGCCGAAUUUCUAUCAGUAUCCAAUAGUUUUUCUUGAUUGCGUUUGUUGUUCAGAAUCUGUGAUAGAGAUUGCAAUAUUGGCACAUACUGGAAUGUUUUGCCCUCUUUUCUAUCGAGUAUAUACUCUUUUGGUUCAACUACUGAAAAAUGUUCCUUCAUGAACGUUCUUCUCUUGUAGGAUGUUGAAAGGGGACCAUCGCUUGCCAAAGCUGAGCUUAUUGGGUGUGCCUCGCUGAGAAUCUUAACCAAAUCAGAGAUUACAGCGGUGUCCAACUCACAGCUAUGGGCCCUUAAAGUAGACUCGAUCAACUCUCUUAUAACAGGAACUGAUGCUGUGCAUGAUAUGAAUUGAAGCUCAUUGACAAUUUCAUCAAUGCACUUGUUUGACACAUUGAAGGUGAUCUCUAACUUAAGAAAAAGUCUGCCAAACUUCUCCUUUAUGAUUCUAGAUGGAUCAAUGUCUUCCUCAAUCAAAGGUUGAGGAUCCUCUUCCUCAGUGUCAAACACUGGAUCCGAGUACUUUUUCAAUACUUCAUCUUUAAAGUCUUCAUGGCCAUGUGGAGAAUGUUUCCUAUGUCUGUGCGAGGCAAAGGAUGAAUAUAUGUUUGAGCUGAAGGUGCAGUUUUUGAAUACACAUGAAACUACUUCAAAUCUCCUCAAAUGGGUUCCAAGAUGUUCAAAAUACUGCCUCUCUGAAUCAAAACAAGCGGAACUGCACAGGACACAACUAAAAGAUAGAAUCUCUUCUGAUGUCACUGCCUGGGGAUGCUGCACUCACAGAAAUGAAUCAUGGUAGAGUUGAUUUUUAAGCAUAUAAAUCUAUUUGAUUUUAUUUAAAUACUCAUAUGUUUUAAAUAUAUGUAUUGAAAUUAUAUAUGAUCUGUAUAAUUCUGUCAAUUCUGAAAUAUAUUAAAUGUAAUUACUUUAUACAUAUGUACAUGGUUUAAAUAAUCAAAGCUGUGAAACAAACAAGAUUCUUCUAUUUAAAAUGUAUGUGAUUGGUUUACAUACAACUCGGGGGAAGUGAAAUCGGGACACAGGAAAUGACAUCCUUAUUUUCUGCUGGAUGCCAUCAUCUGCCAUGUGGUACAUCAGGCUUAAUGGUGCUAUGUGAAUGUGGCCGUGCAAAUUGUGUGACAGUUCACUAUCUUCCAGCCGAGCUGGACACCCCGAGGUUGCCAUCAACUCUCUAAAAAACAAGCGAAGUGGCCAGCAGACUCCAGCGGCCCACAUCAAGAAGCCCAGGAAGGGAGAUGUCAAUUUCUGUCCAAACAUCCCUAGUGGUGAAACAAGAGACGGGUUGGAGGUGGAAAGGGUGGCUCUACUGACUGAGAGUGAAGACAUCAACGUGAGGCGUGAUUGUGUGCUGAGCUGUCUGAGCAUCUAUCUCAAUGAAGACCUGGACACACUGGUCAAAGAAUAUGUGGAAGUAAAUCCACAUGGUCCGGAAGAGCUUGAGGUUAAGGGUCAGGUCCUGGCACCUAAGCGUCUCCAAUAUGCCAGUGACGAUAAUUCUGCCCCAAACAAGAAGGAUGCAUGUUGUGGACUGUCUGCUUACGAACUCAAAGGCCUUGAGAACAUCAGAGAGAGGGAAGCUUUCUUGUCUUCCUUGAAGUUAUUGCCAGCAGCUGAGGAUCUGAGGCAGUCAGUAAAGCCAAGCCGGAUGUCAAGAGGUCAAAGGCUUCAUCAGAUAAAGUGCAGUCUCCCCGGAAAUCCUUACAUCCUAAAGAAGCUCGGAAACUUACCCUCAGAGGAGGACUAACCUAUGAACAUUACAUCGAAUGCCGUGAGGCCGAGGCAGAUGUCGCAGGGACGACCAUGGCAAUCUACACCGUUCAAGCUGAGAGUGAUGAUCCUGAUGGUCCUGGUGGACGCUUUGCAGAUGUCGGUUUGGUCCUGGAAGGGGUCGAAGUUCUCCACAACCUCCAGAGUAUCAACCAUGCAUGCGUGAUGCUUUAUGGGUUGAUCUACGCACUUAAUUUAAGCUAUCCAAAAGGCUUGAAGAAUACUUUUGAAGUUUAACAGAAGAUCCUGAUGGACCUGGAAUCGUCCAAGCUUUCCCCCAAAGUACAAGCACUCAAACUCAAAUUGCUUUUGUGAUUCACACAUAACGAACACACAGAAAGUUAGAAACGGCAGGUGCUCAGUUAACUACGUUCCUGUCAGGUGAUGAGUUAAAACUUUGUUUAGCCUUCCUAACUUGCCUCUGUUCUAUCAAAGUUGGAAAACAUUUGACAUGUUCCAUCUGCAGCAGUAGAUGACUAAGUUGAAGAGCUACACUACCUGCAGAGUACUGUGUCUGCCAUGUGUGAAAAGAAGAGGUGUGCUUUAAUGUUAAUACAUUUGUUGAAUCAACAA